CCCCGCAGGGAGGCGAGCGCGGACCCCCCGGCUCUCCCAAAGACGCCGCUGUAUCUGCAUAUAUAUAUCUCACUCGCUCGGCGGAGCGGCCGCCUCCUUUCACCUUCCGUGACCUGACAUCUGGCCGAGAGCGAGCCCGGGCCAGCAGCAGCAGCAGCCGUGACAGAUGUGGAGGUCCGUGUGAGUGAUGUGCGAUCGGAACGGUGGAAGGCGGCUGAGGCAAUGGCUGAUUGAGCAGAUUGAUAGUGGGAUGUAUCCUGGCCUGAUCUGGGAGAAUGACGAGAAAACCAUGUUUCGUAUCCCGUGGAAACAUGCGGGCAAACAGGAUUACAACCAGGAGGUGGAUGCAUCUAUAUUCAAGGCUUGGGCAGUUUUCAAAGGAAAGUUCAAGGAAGGCGAUAAAGCGGAGCCGGCCACAUGGAAGACCAGGUUACGCUGUGCCUUGAACAAGAGUCCGGACUUCGAAGAGGUGACUGACAGGUCCCAACUGGACAUUUCAGAGCCUUACAAGGUCUACCGCAUUGUUCCGGAGGAAGAGCAGAAAUGCAAAAUGGGAUUGGGGAAUGGAUGCAGCUUGGGAGAAGCCACGGACAUGGACUGUGGUACAUCCGCUAUAGAUGACCUGAUGAAAGAGCCGCCUUCUGUGGAGGAGUAUCUUGGGACCAUCAAAAGAAGCCCUUCACCGCCACAGGAGAGUUGCAGAAAUGUGCCAAUCCCUGACUGGUGGACACACCAUUCAAGCUCUGCUCUGCCCCUUAUGAGUGGGUUCUCGGGUUACGAGCCUCUGCAUCCAGGCUAUUCCCAGAUGGUGAUCAGCUUCUACUAUGGUGGGAAGCUGGUGGGAAGCGUCACGACCACUCGCCCUGAAGGCUGCCGCAUCUCGCUCGGGGAGUCGCCCUACGUCCUGGAAAACCUGGAGCACGUGCGGUUCCCAUCCGCUGAUGUCAUCCCGAAUGAUCGCCAGAGGCAGAUCACCAAGAAGCUCUUUGGGCACCUGGAGAGGGGUGUUCUCCUUCACUCUAACAAGCAGGGCAUCUUCAUCAAGCGGCUGAGCCAGGGCCGGGUCUUCUGGAGCGGGAACACCAUGCUCUUCAAGGACAGGCCGAACAAGCUCGACCGGGACGAGGUGGUCAAGAUCUUCGACACCAACCACUUUUUCAGAGAGCUUCAGCACUAUUACAACGGCCAAGGCCGUUUCCCAAACAGCAAAGUCAUCUUGUGUUUUGGGGAAGAGUUUCCAGAUGCCACCCCCUUACGCUUCAAGUUGAUCCUUGUUGAAAUUGAGCAGCUGAGCAUCCGGCAAUUGGUGGAGGAAGCCGGGAAGAGUGAGGGCAGCCCUCCAGCUUUCGCAAUGGCCGAGGAGGUCCACUACGACCAGAUGUACAGAAACUUCCAGGAUUCCUGCGGACCGCACCAAAGGCCCGUGUUCAGAGAAAGCCAACAGAUCACUGUCUGAUCCUCCUGUACAGAUUUUUUUUUUUUUUAAAAAAGAACUUUAAAAACCCCGGAGUCAAGAUUAUUUUUGUAUCGUCACCCACUGAUUUCCUUCGGGAAAAUUGUUCUGCUUGCAGAGGUCUAAGAAUGUUUUAUAUGUAUUAUUUUUGGUUUGUUUCUCAUUCAGGAAGUGGCAUAAAAUUUGAAACAAAAAGCACCCAGAGAAGGUUGCUUCAGGCUGAUCAGCUCUAUAGCAGAUGCCCCAAAGAAACCAGUUUUUAAACCAGUUUCAGAGUAGAAAAUGGAUUGGUAUGUUUUUUAAAAGCAGAGGCUACUCAAGCUGAUUGAGUAGCUUUGAUCCCUAUAACUGAUGCACCCUCAUGGUGAACCCCAGAGCUGAAUGGGACAUUUGCAGACCCAGUGUGGGUGGUGAGGCUAAGAGAGAAAGGAUAGCCUUCUAGCAACCUGGUAUAUAUGGCUUUCUGCAUUAGGGAGGUGAAAAUUGAUUUGAAUUCAAAUCAGUUUGUCUCGAACCUGAGUGAUUCGAAUGAUUUGAAUUCGUAUUGAAUCUCCCCUUAAAAGUGCAAUUCAAUUUGAAUUCAAAUCAAAAUUUUGAAAUUCAAACUCAAUUUGAGAACCAUUUGGCACCUUUUAAAAAACCAUUCAGGCUCUCGAUUGGUUAAAAAAGGUGCCAAAAAGGGUUGAAUUGAUUUGAAAUCUGUUUGAAUUCAUAUUGAAUCUUCAGACUAGAUUUGAAUUUGAUUCAAAUUCGAAAUGAAUUUUUGUAAUUCAAUUCAAAUUCGAAACGAAUAAAUUUUUUUAUUUCAUGCACGUCUUUAUUCUACAUGUAUGGGUGUAGAGGGUGGGAAACAUCACUGUGGAUUCCCCCCAAGGACCAUUAUUCCUUGUGUUGACCAGUACUGGUCCUGUGAAUGGGGCUGUGAGAUUGUGUGUGGUGUGUCUCAUAGGUUCUCGAAACUUGAUCAUCAGGUAUUGUUGGACUUUGAACCCCAUCAUCCAUUGCUGUGGGGAUGAUGGGAGUCGUAAUCCAACAUCCGGUGUACCCGGAACAUAAACAUAUAGUGUAAACUCCAGUUAAUGCUUCAGCGAAUACUUUGGGAAUGUUGCAAGUGAGGUUCUACUGCGAGCAUCCAAAGGCUUGGGGUUCACACAAGCAUGUAAUGUCACUGAGAUUCCUACAGUACAUGCACAUAACAUCACUUGAUGGUUAGUGGGUGACUGAAUACCAGAACUGACCCUGCUGCUGCAAAGCAUUCUACCGCUAACGUCCCUCUUGUGCUGUAUGUUUUCAAAACAGAAUGUAGGAAAAUAUGAUGCUGAAGGUGGAUUUUAGAAGUGAAUUAAUCCUGUGUGGGUGAACACUCUGUCAAGACUUGGAUGGCCCAGUGAUUCCCGCCCGCCCCCAAUGUUAAGAAACCGCCUGUCUAUAUUCUGCAUUUAAGUGACAUGUCCCUGAAAGGUUUUAUUUACGUUUUGUGACUGAGAAGUUUGUUUUUUACAUUUAGAUUCAAGCUCUUGGUUGUUUGAAAACUGAUUCUGGAAUAGUGGAUACGAGAAACUGCCUUGUGUUGAGUCAGACUGUUGCAGAUAAGAUUGGCAGCAGCGCUCCAAGGCAAGAUCCUUUUAACUAGAGAUGCCAGGAAUUGAAGCCAUUUGCAUGCCAAGCAUGUGUGCUACUAUAGCUCCUCUGUGCUAUAGCUACCCUCUAUAAGAAGCUGUUGUAUCAGAGCAUUGUUCCAGCUAGCCCAGAAUGGUCUACUCUGGCUGGCAGGAGAACUCCAGGGUCUCAGGUAGAAGAAGGACAUUCCCAGCCUUGCUACAUGAGACCCCUUUUUAAAUUGGAAGUGCCAGAGAUUGAACCUGGGACGACCACGAUGGAUUCUCCCUAUUAUUAUUUUAAUUAUUAUGCGGGACCAAGAGGUAACGUUUUAUUAUCUUGUUAGUGGCUGUUAGUUCUGGGCAACAGCUAGAAACCAUUUGCCAGUGAGAUGUGAUAAUCCACUAGGGAGGAGGUACCUGCAACGCAUUUCCAGUGGAGUGGACCAGAUGAGUGUGCAGAUAAGCUCAGAAGUCAAAAAUAGGGACUUAAAAAUGCAGCAAAUGCAUCAGUGGCUAAAUCUUAAAGGCUCAGCAUGUAUACAGGUUAGGAAUGUCUACAAGCUAGCACUAAAACAUAUCCAACCUGCUUUUGUGUGUAUGUAUAUGUGUGUGUAUGUGUGCGCAUGCGUGCGCACAUGCCUAUAAGCAAAUGAAUGCAGAUUUAUUGAUUGUGCAAAACAGGGCAUUAUGUGAAUGUUGCUGUCAGCUUAGAGGCCAAACCUUGCUUUUGAUCUCGUGUCUCUUUGCACACGUGGAAGCUGUGAUGCACAUUUGGUGUUCCCGUUCCAAUUGGGCACGCGUACAGAAGUGAACCAGGAAGCUCAGGUUGUGGCCGUUACUCUGCGCGCAAGAGCGCGCAAGGAGCUGAGGAUCAGGCUGAGCGUUUGUGCCUCCUGUAGUCCAAGUAUUUAUUUUAACUGCUUGUUUUUUUAAAAAAAUGUUUUGUAAGUGUUCCCCCAAUGCAUUUGUAAAUAAACACCUGUCUUUUGUA